AUGUCCACUGUCACGUUUGGUCAACGUUCAUCGCCGUUUUUGGCAAUAAGGACAUUACAUCAAUUGGCAACUGACGAAGCCACGAACUACCCAGCUGUUGAGCGAAUCAUCCGCAAUGAUUUAUAUGUGGACGAUGUCGCUACUGGAGCCGACAGUGAAUCAAAUGCUCUUCAAUUGCAGCAAGAUCUGAUAAAGGUAUUCGACCGUGGUUGUUUUGAACUAAGGAAAUGGUCUAGCAAUUCUGUUGCGUUGUUAGAGGCCGUCCCGCCGGACUGUCGCCAAACAGACCAGGUUAACUUUGAUGAGUCUACGUCAGAUUACACCAAAAUUCUCGGGUUAAAAUGGGAACCUAACCCCGACAUCUUGGCAUACCAAUAUCAACCUAAUCCUAUACGCUUUAGUAAGCGUGCUAUCCUAUCAGAAAUUGCACGCAUUUACGACCCGAUUGGACUGCUGAUACCAGUCAUCACUAGCCUAAAAUGCCUCAUGAAAUAUUUGUGGUCCAUUGGAGUUGGUUGGGAUGAUCAGAUUCCGGAGGAUGCCACCAAAGUAUGGUCCCAAUAUCAUGAAGAGCUGCCCUUCAUCGGAUUGAUCAAAAUACCACGUCAAGUGACCACAGAAAAGGGUACGUACGAGCUUCACGGGUUCUGUGACAGUUCAGAAAUAGCAUACGCUGCAGCAGUUUAUCUUCUGGUACGAUCAACCAAUACCACUCAAUGUCACCUUCUCAUGGGAAAGUCAAAAGUAGCACCGGAAAAGAAAUUGUCGAUUCCGCGACUCGAACUUUGUGGCGCUUUACUCCUCGCCCGGACUAUUGAAUAUGUACGAACCAAUUUAACUUCAUUGCAGAUCACAAACGUCACUGCCUGGUGUGACUCCACAGUAGUGCUCACAUGGCUCCAAAUGCCAACGGCAAGAUUGAAAACGUUUGUGGCGAAUCGCGUCGCUCAAAUUCAGCAUAUGACCUCAUCUGACAGCUGGAGGCAUGUACCCACUGCACAAAAUCCAGCAGACUGUGCCACUCGUGGCCUGACUCCGAAAGAAAUAAGUGAUCACCCUAUUUGGUGGACCGGUCCGCAAUUUCUUACUCAACCUUCGGAAACAUGGCCGCAAGUAACCAUCUUCAACACUGUCGAACCGGGAGAACACAAUGUCGAAGAAAAGCCCUUGAUACUACUGGCCGUCCAAGUUGAAGAAGAGAGUAAGCUCUUAACCUCAUCAACUGACCUACCUAAAGUCCUCCGUCUCACUGCAUAUUGGUUACGGCUCCGGAGACGUUUAGGCCACCAACCAAUGGUAUUUGAUGAAAACCAAUCACCCGGAAUAAAAGAGAAAAAUGAAGCGUUACUUGCUUUAUUACGAUGGGUACAGCGGGUACACUUCGCAGAGGAUUUGAAACUUCUUACUGCAGGUCGAAACUGUUCAACAAAACUCCGAUUAUUGAAAGCAUUUAUAGACCCAAUCGGGGGUCUCCUCAAGGUGGGCGGGAGACUUCGCGAGGCGGAUUUACCGUUUGAAAAUCGCCAUCCUAUCUUAUUACCGAAGAACUCCCAGUUGACGAUACUAUUAAUCGAUUUUAUCCACCGUCAACAUUGUCACCCAGGACCUCAAACAACUCAGAACAUUCUUCAACAAGAAUAUUGGAUCAUUUCCGCUCGAAGUUUCAUACGAAAACGACUCCGUCAAUGCGUAUCCUGUUUCAAAGCCAGUCCGAAGCCCUUGCAGCCUAGUAUGGGAGACCUACCGAAGCCAAGACUAGUUGGUACAAAACCAUUCGCUCACGUGGGUGUUGAUUUCGCUGGACCGUUCUUCGUAAAAGCCGCUCUUCUAAGACGGAUCCAGACGACAAAAGGGUACUUAUGUAUUUUUGUAUGUAUGGCAACUCGUGCGGUCCAUUUGGAGCUCGUCAGUGAUUUGUCAACCGCUCUCUUCCUCGCGGCCCUUGACCGAUUUAUUAGUCGUCGUGGAAGAUGUACUGACCUCUACAGCGAUUGCGGAACAAACUUCGUAGGAGCAAAACGCUAUUUAAAGGAAGUCCAAGAUAUUAUUGACUCUUCAACCACAGCAACGGAUCUGGAUAAACGCCAAAUUCAAUGGCAUUUAAAUCCACCAGCCGCCCCACACAUGGGCGGACUUUGGGAAGCAGCGGUUAAGUCCGCAAAAACGCUACUUCAUCGUACCAUCCACGACCAAAUAUUAACCUAUGAAGAAUUAAAUACUAUUUUUCAUCGAGUAGAGGCCACACUUAACUCGCGUCCUCUAGGAGCCAUGUCCUCGGACCCAAACGAUCCUCAACCUCUGACCGCUGGACAUUUCUUAACUAUGGGACCUCUGGGUACGCUACCUGCACCUACCACCUCAUCUACCAGUUCAAGACUCGGACUUCACAAACGAUGGGCUCUUGUCCAACGAAUACAACUACACUUCUGGGAACUAUGGCAGAAAGAUUACCUACAUACCUUGCAAGUAAGAUCCAAGUGGCACAAGGACGAACGUAAUCUCCUGAUCGAAGACCUUGUCAUUGUCAAAGAACCAACACCCCCUCUCACUUGGAAAACUGCACGGGUCGUGGAAGUCCACCCGGAUGAAGAUGGCGUAGUACGUGUGGCCACAGUUCGUGAUGCAGACGGCAAAUUAUUCAAACGUCCAGCCGCAAAGUUGUGUCUAUUACCACUAGAUAUAUGA